AUGUUCACUCUCCGGGCCUUCAGGACCGCCAUGCGCACCGCGCGCCCUGCCAUGGGCAUGUGCGCCGUCGCCCCCGCGGCGGCCCGCCCCAUCCACAGCACCCCGAUGCGCCGCAGCACCAAGAGCGAGAACGACGGGCCGGACACGGCCGACCCGGAGCACCCCGAGACGGCCGGCAGCUUCGCGCGCACGGACGCCACGGUGACGGUCGAGUACCCCGAGGACCACGAGCUGCCGUCCUCGGCCCCCGUCGAGGGCGCCGGCCGCGCCGGCGUGCAGGUCUACCCCACGCUGGCCACCUUCUCCCUGCAGGGCAAGGUCGGCGUCGUCACGGGCGGCGCCAGGGGCCUGGGCCUGGUCAUGGGCCAGGGCAUGGUCGUCAGCGGUGCUGACCUGGCGAUUGUCGAUCUGAACAAGGAGGAGGGCAUCAAGCAGGCCGAGAACAUCAUCGAGACCUUCAAGGCCGAUAACCCCAAUGCCAAGAAGCUCCCCAAGGUCACGGCUCACUACGCCGACGUCGGCGACCCGGAGUCGGUCGACGCCUGCAUCGCCGAGAUCAUCAAGGAGCAUGGCAAGAUCGACAACCUCGUCACCUCGGCCGGCUUCACCGAGAACUUUGAAGCGACCAAGUACCCCAUCGACCGUAUGAGGAAGCUGUGGGCGGUCAACGUCGACGGGACCUACCUCUUUGCCACCGCCGUCGCCCGCCACCUCAUGGAGCGCGAGUCCAAGGGCAGCAUGGUCUUCAUCGGCAGCAUGUCUGGCAGCAUUGUCAACGUCCCUCAGCCCCAGGCCGCCAAGGCGGCCGUCCGCCACCUCGCGGCCUCGCUGGCCGUUGAGUGGGCGCACGCCGGCAUCCGCGUCAACUGCAUCUCGCCCGGCUACAUGCUCACUGCUCUUACGCAGAAGAUCCUCGAUGACAACCCGGACCUCAAGGAGAAGUGGACCUCGCUCAUCCCGCAGGGCAAGAUGGGUGCUCCCGAGGACCUCAUGGGCCCCGUCACCUUCCUCCUGUCCAACGCCUCCGACUACGUCACUGGCGCCGACCUGCGCGUCGACGGUGGCUACACCGUCACUUAA